AUGUAUGAGCUGUUCCUCACGGCCCUGGUCGAGCAAGCCGACUUUCACGCGGCCUGUGCCGUCUUGAGCGGCUUCUGCGCCAUGCCGCCGUGGGAGACGGUCGGUCGCGUGCUCUACUUCCAGGGCCCCCCCCGGGCGUCUGGCAUCUCCAACCAGACCUCCAUCGACAAGCCCAUGCGCAAAGAUGUAGCCUUUCUGUGGAAGGACCUUCACCAGAGCCUCAGUCGUCAGUCUUUUGUCCUUCAAGCCCGGUAUGAGGUUGCCAAGGAACGAGACAUGGGCCCAUCCGGUGUCGCAGUGGAACUCGACAGCACGCCCGGCAUCUUGCGGUGGACGGACUUUCCCGAUCCUCCGCAUGGACGGCCGCUCCUCACUCAGCGCAAGAUUGUCGAGAUCUGGGAGCAGAAGAAGCUGCCGUCGGUGAUGCGCGACAAUCACUACCAGUUUAAAGCCGAAACCGUCGAGGAAGUGUACCGCUUCUUCCGGGAUGACAUGGAGUUCUCCUUGACCAAGCACUACUUUCUGCAACCCAUUAAUGACUACACGCCGCUCGAGUCGAGAGCGCAGCCGUCUGGGCCGUCGACGACGCUGCCAGCCUGGGACUCGUUGACACCGGUGGACAUGCAGAGUCGAUGGAUCCUCCACGUCAAGUCGCAUGUUCUCCAGGACAACAAACCAGACGAGAUCCGCAAGGCGCAGGACCGGCUCAUGUCCAUCCGCAGCGAGCUCGAGGGCAUCUUUGACUUUAAAGCCAUCGACCGCAAGGUGCACGACACGCGGGUGGCAAUGCAGCAGCAGGGUAUCCAAGCUCUGCCUCAAAAGGUCAUGCUAGGAAAGACUUGA